AUGGCCGCUGCAGCAGCUGAUCUAGCUGCGGACGCGGUGCAAGCCGGUGUCUCCCUUUUCGGCGCCAUCUUCAACUCAGGCGCGGAUAAGGACUAUCGAAGUGCCUGGACACAGGUUCAAAUUGGAGACAUGUCGUCGAAGAACCCGGGCAAGAAUGUCAUGUGUGUCUUCACAAAGCACGAUGCAUCUGGCCUCGUCAACAGCACAAUGACAAUUCGGGAAUGUACCUGCCCCAACAGCGGAUCAGUCUUGACAUAUUCUUGUUACGUCUUUGAUUCAGGGCCAUUUGUGUUGCAAGGAGACGGAGGAUACCUCAACUGGUGUUUUGCCGGCAAUUUUACAAGAGACGGUGGCAACCACCAGUGGUUUGCACCAAAUCUUCGGCUCUGCGAGAUUGUCGAUCGAAAGUCUCAAUCACUUCCACCUCCACCAAACAAACGCCCUGUGCUCGCUGCCCCUUCUAACACAGACCAUCUGCGGUCACCCUCACACAUCCUUACCUCCAUGUCAUCGGCCAUGUCUGGGGUUAGCGGUACAUAUCGAGGCACACCUACGCCCAACCGUCGUGGUCCACUCCCAUUUGCAGACUCCCCUUCCGCGAUUCCUCGUCCCAAGUUAGAGUCUUCCAGUAACGCCGCGCCCAGCGAGAUGUCGGGCACCUCUACCGUGUCGGCAAGCCGACAGAAGCAGAGCAAGAGAGACGAGGCAAUUCGACGCAAGAUGGAAGCCGAUCUCAGCAAGAAGAAGCAUGCCCCUUCCCGCGCUCGACAUACCCGCAAGGCACCACCCGGAACCGUCCUGGCCCUCAAACCCAGUCAGGCCCUACAGAUCAAGCCCUCCACCACUGUCGCCGAGGCUGCUCAGCUCAUGGCUGCCAAGAGAGAGGACUGCGUUCUAGUUACAGAUGACGACGAUAGAAUCGCGGGUAUAUUCACAGCGAAGGAUCUGGCCUUCCGUGUUGUGGGCGCCGGAAUCAAGGCUAGCCAGGUUACAAUUGAGCAGAUCAUGACCAAGAACCCGCUCUGUGCGAGGACUGACACAAGUGCCACCGAUGCCCUAGACCUGAUGGUCCGAAAAGGAUUCCGACAUUUGCCCGUCAUGGACGAGAAUCAAGACAUUUCGGGCAUUCUCGAUAUCACGAAAUGUUUUUACGAGGCUAUGGAAAAGCUGGAACGUGCAUACAGCUCAUCGCGCAAGCUGUACGAUGCACUCGAAGGUGUACAAUCUGAACUUGGCUCCAGUCAACCCCAACAGAUUAUCCAAUACGUCGAGGCUUUGAGACUAAAGAUGUCGGGACCUACCUUGGAAUCUGUGCUCAACGGGCUCCCUCCCACCACCGUCUCGGUUAGGACGUCUGUAAAAGAGGCGGCGCAGCUCAUGAAGGAAAAUCACACAACCGCCGUGCUGGUGCAAGAUCAGGGGUCUAUCACCGGCAUUUUCACUAGUAAAGAUGUUGUACUCCGUGUCAUUGCCCCUGGGCUUGAUCCCUCAAACUGCAGUGUGGUAAGGGUGAUGACCCCUCACCCAGAUUUCGCGCCCACGGAUAUGAGCAUUCAGGCUGCUCUGCGCAAGAUGCAUGAUGGUCAUUACCUCAAUCUCCCGGUCAUGAAUGGCGAGGGUGAAAUCGUCGGCAUGGUCGACGUCCUCAAAUUAACCUAUGCCACUCUUGAACAAAUCAACACUAUGAAUUCUGGGGAAGCAGAGGGACCAGCAUGGAACAAGUUCUGGCUAUCAAUGGACAAUGAUACUGAAUCAAUCAUGUCCGGCGAGGGAAGCCAUCGCCCAACCACACCUGGCCAUCGCUCGAUGAUGGACUCGGAGGCUGGCCGACCUGCUUUCGAAAGAGGUGAUAGCGUCAUGCCACACGACUCCGCGUCGCACCGAGGAGAUGAUGUCCACUCUGAGGUACUUCCAUCUGUCGAAUCGCCGGAAGAAACACCUUUUCCGUUCAAGUUUAAAGCCCCCAGCGGACGAGUCCAUCGGAUACAAGUUCUCGCUAGUACCGGGCUUACCGAACUGGUCAACCAAGUAACCGCAAAAUUGGGCAGUGAAGUGGACUCUGUGGGCGGCGAAGCCACUGUCGAGGAAGGUAAAUUGGGGAAAGCAGGUUAUGCAUUGAGCUACCUGGACAAUGAGGGCGACACCGUCUCCAUCACUACGGAUCAAGACCUGCUCGAUGCAAUUCUGCUGGCGAGGCAGGGAAAGAGAGAUAAAGUUGACUUGUUCGUCCAUGACCCCACACAGCCGCCAAUUGCUACGACUAUCGAUCCAAGACCUCAGCUUUCGAAACCACCAACGCCUCCUGAGUCGAUCCUCAAGGAGGUGGCAAUAGACGCAGCGGAAGAGGGCGACGAAGACGACGAAGAUGUUGUUCCCCUUGCGAAAACGAUCCGGUCGAGACGAGCGCCACCAGCGAUGCAACAAAGGAAGGAAGAACAACCGCAGGUCAUUGCCGGUGUGCCGAAUGAUCUGCUUCUUCCUGGAGCCAUUGUCACGCUUGCGGUUGUUAUUGUUGGUGUUUUUGCUGUCGCCCGCGCGACGGCAAAGUAA